AUGAGCAGCGCGUGCGCCAGGCUCUAUGCUGCAGUCAUGUGGGCGGUGCGGGUGAUGUGGACGCUGAGCAUCGCGGCCUGGACUCUCUCCCAACUUCUCUCAGGGGGUGGAGUGGGUGCCCAGGAGCCUCUGCACUGUCGCUUUGGCUUCACUCCAUGUAAAGAUGGCUCUGAGUGUGUGCUUCACACGCAUGUGUGUGAUGGAGAGAGAGACUGUCCUGAUGGCUCUGAUGAAGAGAAUUGUUCCUCAGUGUGCAGUGCUGGUCAGUUCCAGUGUGCUCAUGGUAUGAUGUGUAUCGAGAAGAUGCAGCUGUGUGAUGGUGUAGCACAGUGCCAGGACAGAUCAGAUGAGGUGGACUGUUUUCACCCAGACGAGGGCUGCUUUCACCGCUGUGACAAAAAACGCUGCCUUUCUCAAUCUUUUGUCUGUGACGGAGAAGCCGACUGUGAAGAUGGCAGCGAUGAAGUGGACUGUGAAAAGGAGGAAUGCAGCAGUGUGGAAUUUCAGUGCCGCAGUGGUCAGUGUGUGUCUGACAGCCUGCGCUGUGAUGGUUACACAGACUGCCAAGAUCGCUCUGAUGAGGAUGGGUGUGUCCCACAGGUGGAGUGUGCUGCUGAUCAGUAUCGCUGUAAAAACAAUCAGCAGUGUGUGCUGCAGGAGUGGAUCUGUGAUGGAGAGAAUGACUGCAAGGACAUGUCUGAUGAGCAGAACUGUAAGGAGUCUGCAGUGCAGUGUGGGGAGUUUCAGUGGCCAUGUGCGUCUCAGACUCAGUGCGUUCCUCAGAGCUGGCACUGCGACCGCACCAGAGACUGUGGAGACGAGAGUGAUGAGGCUGGAUGUGAGCCGGUGUCUUGCCCUCCUGAUCAGUUCCAGUGUGACAGUUUGGAGUGUUUGGACCCCUCACUGGUCUGUAAUGGUAAAGCUGACUGUGCAGAUGGCUCAGAUGAGGGUGGAGCCUGUACAAGUGACUCAUGUUCUGACCAAUUGCAAUGUGCACAGGACUGCUACAGCACACCCAAAGGAACGCGUUGCUGGUGCAGGAAAGGUUAUGAGCCAGUAGAUGGUGUGAAGUGUAUGGAUGUGGACGAGUGUGUGAAGACUCCAGAUGUGUGCGAUCACUCCUGUAUGAAUUCGGAUGGCUCGUAUGCGUGCUCCUGUAAUCCCGGUUAUAUCCUGGAGUCUGAUGGCCGCAGCUGUAAGAGCACAGGUGAGGCGUACUUGUUAGCUGCUAUACAGUCGGACAUCUUCCUCAUCAAUCUCAAGAACACCAGCCUGGAAGUUCUUUCCUCUGAAAAGCAACCUGUCCCCUCUCUGGAUUAUGACUGGAAGGAGCAGAAAGUGUACUGGAUAAACAGUGAUGUUGUGAUGUGGACUACACUGGACCAGAAGAGCAGAGGAACACUAAUCCAAGGUGUGAGGACUGAGUGUAUAGCAGUUGAUUGGGUGGGCCGGAACCUGUACUGGACAGACAAGGCAGCAAGACAAAUAAAUGCUGUGGGGUUGGAUGAUCUUGGGGCAGGACCUGUGGUCAUUGUGGACGAUACAAAUAAGCUGCACUCUUUGGCCUUGCUACCUCAAAAAGGUGUGAUGUUCUGGUCAGAAGUGGGUGAUGAAGCUCAGAUCAGAAGAGCAGGGAUGGAUGGCUCAAACAGACUAGUGUUGGUGCAUGGCUCUCUGCACUGGCCUGUGGGUUUGGCAGUGGAUCUGCUUCAGAACCGACUCUACUGGACAGACAAGAAAUUGCGUUGUAUUGGGUCAGCCACACUGGAUGGAAGUGAUGUUAAGAUCCUGCAGCUGACAGAGCUUCUCAGUCCAUUCUCGUUAUCAGUGUUUGGAGAUUCGCUUUACUGGUCUGAUAAGCGUAGAGGGACCAUCCAGAGAGCUCAGAAGGUGACGGGAAAGCAGCAACUGGUUCUGCUCAAACAGCUCAGCCAGCCACUUGGUCUCAAGGGAAGUACCACUUGGUCAUCUAAUGGAGUGAUUCAUGCCUUGCUGCAGCCAGGUGUUGAGAACCCAUGUGCAUCAAAGCGCUGCUCUCACAUGUGUGUCUUGGCACCUGGACUGAGUGCAGUGUGCAAGUGCCCAUCUCAAUUCCUGCUGGAUGACAAUGGACUGACUUGUUCCAAACCAGAAGACUCAACCUUCCUUUGGUUCAUACUCCCUACUUCAAUAUUACAGGUUUAUGUACACAGCAGGGGUUCAGGUGUUGGUCUUCAUGACUGGCCAGCGCAUGAGGGAUUUGAUCUCCCUGAAGUGAAGACUGCUUCAGCAUUAGACCUGGUUCUGAAGGAGCAGAUGCUCUACAUUUGGGAUGCAGCUACUGGUGCUGUGGGUCUGUUUAAACUGAAGGAGGCAGUGGUAACAUGGCAUGGGAUGCUGUUUAAACUGAAGGGCUCAAUCGCAGCAAUGGCUGUUGAUUACAUCACGCUGAAUGUGUUCUGGAGCUCUGGAGAGCAACCUGGAGUGUAUGUGACCUCAGCAAAUGGAAUACACACUGCUCUGAUCAUUGACAAAGGUGUGGUGCGCUCUAUUGCUCUGCACCCUCCAACAGGGUGGCUGUGUUUCAGUAACACUGAGCUGCAGGGAACAGGAACUCGUCUGGAGUGUGCCCAUAUGGAUGGAGGGAACCGCACUGUGGUUUGGGAUGGUGCUGUUAAUCCAGUCUCGCUGAGCCUCUCGGCUGAUGGAACCACACUUUACUGGGCUGACACUAGUUUGGGACUAAUCACCUCUGUUGGGAUUAAUGGUGCUGACCAUAAAGUUUUGAGAAGUGAGGAACCUGUGGUGGUGUUUGCAUUGGCUAACAAUAUUCUUGUCUGGCUCACAAAGACUGAUUCCAUAAAGUGCUGGUUCAGUGAGGAUCAUCAGACAGCUACAAUGUGGUUUAAGGUGAAAACCAAAGUGCUGGACAUGAAGGGUUUCCAUAAAGCCAGUCAAAAUGGCACUAAUCUGUGUGCUGAUGGAAAUGGUGGCUGUAGUCAGCUGUGCUUGGCAUUUCCUGGUGGAAGAACAUGCCACUGUGGGCAGGGCUUCCUUCCCAUGAACGAGACGAGCUGCACCACUGCGCCUCGAUGCCCCCCUGGCACCAAGCAGUGUCUUCGUGGAGAUGCAUGUGUACCCCUAGAGCAGUUCUGUGAUGGUGAUCCAAACUGUGCUGAUGCCUCAGAUGAGAUCUGUGUUAAAGAACAAGAAAAAUCUGAGGAUCUUGAACCAACAGUUCAUCCCAGCUCCAUGUCUCCACUUCCACCAUCACCAAAAGCUUCUGAUGGCUCUGCUGUAGUAAAAGAUCUGGGCUCCACUGUUGAGCCUCCCAAAUCCUCUCCUCCAUUUGUUCCUAAAGCUGUGGACAGGCCUGACUCCAAAGAUGUUAAGGUGGGAAGUAUGGACUCCGACUCCUGUGGGAUGAGGCUGUGUAACGGGAAUGGCAAGUGUAUGACAUUGGAUGGACAGGUGGCGUGCGAGUGUGCCUCAGGUUACAGUGGUGAAUACUGUGAGCAUGAGGUUGGAGGUAUGAUGCAAGGGCCAGUUAUCUAUGCCACUGUGGGAUUGGCUGUUGGAGUCAUUGUCCUGGGUGUGAUCAUUGGGCUUAUCCAGAAGAAGGCUGCAAGUCAGAGGCAAGCAAGACCAAUUGUGAGGGAAACGAGUAUGAGGGAUCUGUCAAGCAAAGCUGAGACCUCGCCCACACAGAACAGAGCAGCAGAUCCAGAGAACCCAGAGGUCUGCUAAAGAUGGACACUUAACUUUCUCAUACUCUACUGAUCUAUGAUUUUUAGUCUAACUCUGAUUUCCUCUCAGCCACAGGAUGUGA